CCUGUCCAACAGCUUUGAUUGCUCCCAAGCCUCGAGUCACUGCAAGGGUGUUGGUGCCCACUCCAGUCACAGCAGCAUCUCUGAGCAACAGCAGGCAAGAUUUAAGUUUACCUGAAAAUGGAAGAAAUUUUAUGGGAUUACAACUACACUGACGAGUUUAGUCAUUACAGCACCGAUCUGUCCCUUAUUCCGUCAGAUUCUGCCCCAUGUAAGCCAGAAUCCCUAGCAAUCAACAGUUUUGUUCUAGUCAUAAUCUAUGCCCUUGUGUCCCUGCUGAGCCUGCUGGGAAAUUCGCUGGUGAUGCUGGUCGUCUUAUAUAGCAGGAGAACCUGCUCUGUCACUGAUGUCUAUCUGCUGAACCUGGCCAUAGCUGACCUGCUCUUUGCCCUAACCUUGCCCUUCUGGGCAGCCUCUAAGAUGAAUGGCUGGACUUUUGGCACACCCAUGUGCAAGAUCAUCUCGUUCCUGAAGGAAGUCAACUUCUACAGCAGCAUCCUGCUACUAGCCUGUAUCAGCAUGGACCGCUACCUGGCCAUUGUCCAUGCCACACGCACUCUGAUCCAGAAGCGGCACCUGGUCAAGUUUGUGUGCUUAAAUGUGUGGGGAGUAUCUCUGAUUCUGUCUCUGCCCAUGUUACUUUUCCGUACCACUGUCUACCCGUCUGACUUAAGCCCAGUCUGCUAUGAAGACUUAGGGCACAAUACGAACACAGGGCGUAUGGUGCUACGGCUCCUGUCCCAGAUCUGUGGCUUCAUCCUACCACUGCUGAUCAUGCUAUUCUGCUAUGGCUUCACACUGCGCACACUGUUUAAGGCCCAAAUGGGGCAGAAGCACCGGGCCAUGAAGGUCAUCUUCGCUGUUGUGCUCGUCUUCCUGCUCUGCUGGCUACCCUACAACCUGGUCCUGUUCGCAGACACCUUCAUGAGAAACCACUGGAUCGAGGAGACCUGCGAGCGCCGCAAUGACAUUGACCGGGCCCUGGAGGCCACCGAGAUCCUGGGCUUCCUCCACAGCUGCCUCAACCCCCUCAUCUAUGCCUUCAUUGGCCAAAAGUUUCGCCAUGGACUCCUCAAGAUCAUGGUCACUUAUGGCCUGAUCAGCAAGGAGCUCUUGCCCAAAGAGGCCCGACCUUCCUUCGUUGGCUCUUCUUCUGGGAACACUUCUACUACGCUCUAAGAUGGUUUGCCCAAGCUGUGGCCCCUCAGAGUUCCUCCUUUCCUUCAGCAUCCUAUUCCAAGCCUCAUGUCCACUGGAUCUUCAUGGCAUCCACGGCAACACAGCUCCCAACUGUGAGUACAAGAAAAAGUAGAGGCCUCAUCAUCUCCAGACCCACUACAUGACACUCUGUCCCUUUCCAUGAUCACUGUGCCAACUGGUAGAAUUGGUCCAUCCUACUACUGGGUCCAAAGACUACUGGGUCUUAUUUUCUAAGAGAUGCAAAUCAAAACCAUAAUGAGAUGUCAUUUCAUACCCACCAGGGGAAGCUAUCAUUAGAAAGAAGAAAAAUAAAGAGAAAAUAGCAAGAAGGCAGAGAAACUGGAACUCUUGUACAUUGCUGGUGGAAGUCGAAGAUGGCAUAGCCACCAUGGAAAACAACAAGGCAGUUUUCCUUAAAACAUUAAACACAGAAUGACCACAUGAUGCUGCAAUUCCACUGCUAGGCAUACACCCAGUAGAGUUGAAAGUGAGGACUUGGACAGGUAUUUUUAUACCACAGUAUUAUUUACAACAAUAACGGCAGAAACAACCCAAAAGUUCAUCGAUGAAUGAAUAGAUAAAUGAAAUGUGAUGUACACCUAUGAUGGAAUCUUAUUUGGUCAUAAAAAAGAAAGGACUGAUACAUGUUACAGCAUGGAUGAACCUUGAAAACAUUUUUCUAAGUGAAAUAAACAGUCUACAAAAGGAGAAAUACUGUACAAUUCCACUUACACAAAGUACCUAGAGAUGUCGAAUUCCCAGACCAAAAGAGAAUAAUGAUUACCAGAUGACACGGGAAUGGAGAGUUACUCUUUAAUGCAUGCAGAAUUUCAGUUUGGGGUGAUAAAAAGCUCUGAAGAUAGAUAGUGCGGUAGUUGUACAAUAAUGUGAAAGUACUGGAGGUGCCUAAACUGUGCACUUAAAAUGGUUAAAAAGAGGCUGGGGAUAUAGCUCAGUGGUGAAGCUGCUGCCUAGCCUUUGUAAGACCCUGAAUUAUCCCUAGCACCUCAAGAAAAAGUAAAUGUUUAUGUAUAUUUAACCUCAUUUUUAAAAACCAGAGCCCAGAAAGCCACUGUAAUCACCUACCCACAAUUCCUUG